AUGGCUCAUGGAAUUCCUUCACAAGGCAAAGUUACCAUAACGGUGGAUGAGUACAGCUCCAACCCAACGCAGGCGUUCACACACUACAACAUCAACCAGAGCCGCUUCCAGCCUCCGCACGUGCAUAUGGUGGACCCCAUCCCGUAUGACACCCCAAAACCAGCGGGCCACACGCGCUUUGUCUGCGUCUCCGACACGCACUCCAGAACAGAUGGCAUCCAGAUGCCUUAUGGGGACAUCCUCCUUCACACGGGCGAUUUCACCGAGCUGGGACUGCCCUCCGAGGUUAAGAAGUUUAAUGACUGGUUAGGAAAUCUACCAUAUGAAUAUAAAAUAGUGAUUGCUGGGAAUCAUGAACUGACAUUUGAUAAGGAAUUCAUGGCAGACCUUGUUAAACAAGAUUACUACCGCUUUCCCUCUGUGUCCAAAUUGAAACCAGAGGACUUUGACAAUGUUCAGUCACUCCUGACAAAUAGUAUUUACUUACAAGAUUCAGAGGUAACAGUUAAAGGAUUCCGAAUAUAUGGUGCCCCGUGGACACCAUGGUUUAAUGGAUGGGGCUUUAAUCUACCCAGAGGUCAGUCUUUGCUAGACAAGUGGAACCUUAUUCCUGAGGGAAUUGAUAUACUAAUGACACAUGGACCUCCCCUUGGUUUUCGAGACUGGGUUCCAAAGGAGCUGCAGAGAGUGGGCUGUGUGGAGCUGCUGAAUACAGUGCAGAGGCGAGUAAGGCCCAAACUCCAUGUCUUUGGUGGGAUUCAUGAAGGCUACGGCAUCAUGACCGACGGCUACACCACCUACAUCAACGCCUCCACGUGUACAGUCAGCUUCCAGCCCACCAACCCUCCCAUCAUCUUCGACCUCCCAACCCCUCAAGGAUCCUGA